GGAGAACGUCAGCCCUAAUGACGUAAGAAGGAAGCACGCUGUUACGCCAAGAUCCCGAUGAGAAAAAGAAACCCAGACAGACCGAUGAAGGUGUGUUCUAAGGAACGUCCUCCCUUACAAACACUCGCUGGUAUUUGUGUUUCAUUUGGCGAUGGCAUCUGCUAGGCUCAGGCAGGAGUUAUGUUGCUCCAUCUGCCUGGACUUUUACAGAAAACCGGUCAUUCUCCGAUGCGGCCAUAAUUUCUGCCAGGACUGUAUUACUGGAGUGUUCGAUACCCAAGAGGAGGAGGAAUGGGGAUUUUAUACUUGCCCUGAGUGCAGAAAAAGAUUUAAGGUGAGACCUUUGCCUGUGAGAAACCUAGCACUCUAUAAUAUAGCAGAGCUGUACAAGGUUGCCAGGCCAAAGCCAGAAGAGACUGAAAUCCUCUGCACUUACUGCAUAGACUUUCCUCAACAUGCAGUAAAGACCUGCCUGCACUGUGAGGCCUCCUUAUGUGAAGUGCACCUUAGAGCUCACUGCACCUCGGAGGAACAUAUCUUACUGGACCCCACCAGUCCCCUGCAGAAUCGGCACUGCCCCAUUCAUGGAAAGCUUUUUGAGUAUUACUGUUCUGAGGAUUCUGUCUGCGUAUGUGUACACUGCUGCCUUUCUGAGCAGCACCGGGGACACCAAGUGGAAAUGUUGAACAAGGCUUCCCAGAUAAGGAAAGCUGAACUAAGUGUCAUUCUAGAAAACAUGGGCCUCCUGAAAGCAAAGAAAAACAUGGCAACCCUGAAUCUUACUCGCCACGGCAGGAAAGUAGAACAGGAGACUGCUGUUCUAACCAAGAAUGUUGCUGCCUUGUUUUCUACCAUCAGAGAACAUCUUGGAUGUCUAGAACACCACAUCCUCAAUGAGAUAAAACUCCAGGAACAAAAGGUUCUCCUUCCAAUCUCUGAGUUGAUUGGAAAGUUGGAAGUAGAAAAAGAUGAACUGACCAGAAAAAUGCAUUACAUAGAGGAGUUGUGUCAUAAUACUGAUUCCCUGGCUGUAUUACAGGACCAGGAAUUGGACAAUGUACGAGAUGAUGAUGAUGAUGAAGAAGAAACGUAUAGCAAGCAUCUGAUAUCAACAAGUCACGUGGAUCGGCUGCUUCUGUCUCUAAUAAUACAGAAAGGUCUAGACAGGUAUGUUGCCACUAUCCCCAAACUUACGGCUGACAGAUGGUCCAAUGUGGAAUGUGUGUCUGAUCUUUUAUUGGACGAUAACACAUCUGGUAAUAACAUUUGUCUGUCCGGUGACCUGAAAAUGGCUACAUACUCGACAGAGGCACAAGAGCGAGGCGCUAAUUCUUGCAGGUUCCAAACAGGACAAGUUAUGAGUACCACCAGCUUCUCAUCUGGAAAACAUUUCUGGGAAGUAGAGGUUAGUGAAGAUGGUCUCAGGAGUGUUGGCGUUGCCUACUCCAGCAUCCCGAGGGCAGGGCAGGAAUCCAUUAUAGGCUAUAAUAGUCAAUCCUGGAGCCUAACCUGGAUCAAUCACCUGAUUGGAGUAAGUCAUAAUUCUGAGGGCAAAACGGUGUCUAAAAGCUCAACAAUGAGAAAUGUUGGAAUCUACUUAGACUACGAAGCAGGAGUACUGACCUUCUAUCAGCUGUGCAACCCCAUCAGACACCUGUACACCUUCACCUGUGUAUUCACCGAGCCUCUUCAUCUUGCCUUCCGUGUAGAAAAUGGCUGGGUGAGAAUAAGCAGCAAACCAUUCUGGACAAUUGCAAGUACUACUGAAUCCAAAGUUGGGGAUUUGUAAGAUUGCUUUCAGGAGUAUUAACCAAGGCCACUAUUCCACCUCACCUUAAAGGGGAACUAUCGCCAAAAUGAACAUUUAAUAUAAGCUUCCUCAUACUGAAGUAAGAAACUUCUAAAUACACACAAUUAAAAAUU